AUGUACACGUCCAUGUACUUCUCCUGGUAUCUCUACUACUUCUUCAACUCCUUCUUCAACCCCCUGCCCUGGUCCACCUGUGGCAACCCCUGGAACACGCCCAGCUGCGUGGAGUCGACGCUGUAUGGGCACCAAGGGAUGAACACCACAGUGAAUGGCACGGUUCCACUGCGAGCUGCCAUUAACACGACACAGUCGGGUCACCUGAAUGGAUCCACCGAUGGCGUCAGUGUUGCGAGUGCCACUGAAGAAUUCUGGAGAUUUAAUGCACUGGAAAUCUCGAAUGGUCUCGACCAUGCAGGUUCCAUUCGGUGGCCAUUGUUUGGAUGUCUGGUCUUGACCUAUGUAGCCAUGUAUUUCAUGCUGCUCAGAGGAAUUCGAGUGACGGGGAAGAUUGUGUACGUGACAUUUAUGUUACCCCUCAUCCUGUGUACCGUCAUACUCAUCCGUGGGUCCUUGUUGCCAGGGGCACUAGACGGACUUCUGUACAUGAUCAAACCAGACUUUGGAAAGCUGAAAAGUCCCACAAUGUGGAUCGAGGCCUGUGGUUACGCUCUUCAUUCCAUGGGGACCAGUAAGGGGAUUGCGAAUACAGUGUCCAGUCACAACCAGCCAAACAGCAACUGCUACAGACUGGCUCUGAUCGCCUGCGUCGUGGACCCUCUGAUCACCAUCUUCUGUGGACUGUCUAUCUUCACGGUGUUAGGGCACAUGGCUUACGUGACCGGGAUCGACAUGGACGACUUCCAGUCAUCAGGUUUGUUUGUGUUAAUUAUAUAG